GCUCGCUCGCACUUGCCCGCACCCCACCCGACCCACACCCUGCACGCAGCAGCAACGAGUCUCCCUGGGAGGAGCGAGCGAGAGAGCGGUAUGGCCGGUGGCAGCAUGGUGUUCGAGCCCCACGCGGGCACGGUGGCGGGCGGCGACGUCGUGUUCUGCGCGGCCAUCGUGUGCCUGUCGCUCCUGUCCAUGAUCAUCUUCGCGGCUUCCGGCUCCUCUGGCGCUGGGGACGGGGAGGAAGGGGUGAAGCCGCGGCGGCGCGGACGAUCCAACGGGCCUGUGUUCGUGGGCGGCAGGGGCUGCGGCUGCGGCGGCUGCGGCGCGGGGGCCGGCGUCUGCGGCACCUACCUCUCCUGACCGGCCACUGCGUCGGGGCAGAGCACGCACGACGCGACCGCCGAUGGACUCUCCGCAUCGGCGGCGUGCACGCUGGCUGUACAUACUCGCAUAUAUACUAGUACGCUGCACGGCAGAGCAUGUCGUAAUAAUCAGAAUUAAGCUCGAUUUCAGUGUCCAUGGUCAUGGCUGCUGCGCUUAAUUUCCCUUUGAUGUUCUCUUCAUUCCCCUGCUACUACUAAUAAACAUGAUGAUGCAAUUAUUACCAUGUAAGUAGUUAUCUAAAGAAGAGACGGCUCGCUUU